GUAACAAUAACAACAACAACAAUAAUAACAAUAACAACAAUAAUAAUAAUAAUAAUAACAUUAAUAAAAUGGGACCGAGAGGCUCACCGUUGUCCUCAUCGUCCGAUAACGCGAUGCAACGAUUUGCUCAAAGCGACGAGGAUAACCAACGUCGUUAUCGUCGAGAGGCAGACUCGAAGGCUCAACAAAUGGAAAUGGAAGAGUUUUAUCAGGAUCAGCAGGCUACCCCUGACGCGCAUCCUUACAACAAAUAUACUUGGGAGGUGAACCGGAUAAACCCUUGGUUGUCGGCUUGCGAUCUGGCUGGUCCAGCGCCGGCCGAUCUUCAGGGUAGUUGUGGUCCACCGGAGGUUCCAGAGAUGUCUCCAGAUGCCUGCGCGUCAGAAUUGAAAGAAAACGGGCCUGAAGCUAUUUUCGACGAAGUUAUCAAUAAAUUACAAGCCAACUUAAGAGCAAGGAAGAAAUUUAUAAUUGGUGUUGCGCGGACAAACGAUCGUCACAGCGAAGCGAAGGAAUUAGCGAAAGAAAGGAAAAAGAACAACGAGGACAAUGUCGACGAGGAUGGCUACGAGGUAGAGCGCGAUCGAGCCAAGCCCGAUGAUGGUAAGCGGGCGGUUCCGGAACAGUGCCUUUUUUAUCUCGAGGAGUCGCACAUAAGAGACAUCUGUCGGGACGAUUUCGGCCGGGCCAGUCCGCGAAGUUUUUUAACCCCAAGGGAGAAUCGAUAUUGGUUCAUGAGUGGGUUGCGUCUGCGGCAUUGCUGCGAAUUCGUGGCGGUCAACGCCCUGGCGCCUGGUAAGGGAGGCCCGCUCGAGAACGUGCUAAAUGGCGGCCCGAAAUGCGUCCAAGCUUUGGACAAACUGUUGAAGGUCGACGCGCUCGCCUCCGAAUUACACUGCGUGUUCAAGAAAGCCCUGGGGCGCUACGACUGUGCCCAGCAGUACUCGGUCAUUUACAACUGCACCGAUUGCGAGGAAGUGUAUAGAAUAUGGACGUGCAGCGCCCUGGUGCCUUACUUUCAUCACAGCGGACCGCCGGACUUAAAGUUCUCGGAGAACGAUUGGACUAGGAUAAGACCGUGUAUGUCCCUCUGCCAGUCCGUGGAACAACGUUGUCCUUAUAUGCUUCCGGGUGACCGUGCCCCUGCGUACCCUACGCAAUAUGCCGGCGAACCUACCUUUCUUUGCAGAGACCCAAACAUACCCGAAACGGGAGAACAAGCUCUGAGGGCGCUGCACAGCAGUGACGAACGAGAAUGCUGUUACCACGUGUGCUCUGAGGAUGAGGUAGGCUUGGGGAUCUGUGCGAAUUGCACUAGUCGCGAGCUACGUAAAAUAGGUAUAGAACGCGAUCCUCCUACGGCACCCCACUGCGACAUUACACCUAUUCAAUCGGACUCUGCAGGUGAGGAGAAAGCAGCAGAAUGGCCAAUGUCCACGGAUGGCCAGGACAUCGAAUCCGAUUCAACGUCAACAAUCUCCCCAAUGGUUGGGCUUGAUCAACAACAACAACAACAACAUCAGAGUACAUCAUUAUGCGGCAGUGGUGGAGUCGGCUCGAUGACUUCGAGUUCAUCGAAUCGAGUUACGGCUUCUUACGUGUUGCCGUAUCUUUGCCUGUCAUCGAUCAUUAUUCAAAUUUUUUGGUGGUCGUGCCUGUUGUUGAGGAGUUUUUCGUCGAUGAUCGUGUCCAUUCAAAGCGUCCUGUAUUCGGGACGUGGAUUUGCGUCCUUCGUCGUUGUUGUCGUCGUUUUCAUUGUCGUUGGAAGUGGAGGAAGUGAAGAAGACGAAGGAGGAGGAAGAAGAGGUGGAGAAAGAGGACGAGAAGGAGGAGCCGUUGGAGGAGAAGGAAGAGAAAGAGAAGGAAGAGGAGGCAAAAUGCGAUCGAUCGAGGAGAUUCGACCUCGUUCUCGUUCAGGCUCGUCCUGUUUUCGAUGGUGGUGUUCAUCGUUGUCAUCGAAGUUGACCAUCUAUCUGGAUAAGAAGAAUAAGAAAAAAGAAGGUGAUAAUAAUAAUAAUAACAAUAAUAAUAAUAAUAAUAAUACUUAA